AUCACCGCACCAGUUAGUUCGCUGCAACGGCGAACAUACUGCGAAACGAUGCUGGCCACUUGGAUUUGUAUCGUUCUCGCUAUCUUCGCAGUGAGUGAUGCGCAAAAGGAGAAGCCGCCAGAAAACGCCGACUGCAGUCUUGUGCGGUGCGCCUCCCCAGACUGCCUCCCUGGCUACCGUCCGAUGACUCUGGACGGCGAAUGCUGUCCCUCGUGCCAGAAAUGCCCGCCUAGUCUCCUUCCUUGCCCGCUAAUCCUCUGUGAGUCCAUCACGUACCGGGACCCGUGCGGUUGUCCAGAAUGCACUCUCGCUACUCCACCAGAGACAGAAACAACCCCAACUCCGUCUACUGAAGAAACUGUCAUUCCAGAAAGAGUGUGUGAGAUCUCUGGGCAAGUCUACACGACAUGUGGCACAGCGUGUCCCCCCGUGUGUGGGGAGCCAGGUCAACUCUUCUGCACGCUCCAGUGUGUCGUUGGUUGCCAGUGUCCUAGUGGAACCUUCCUUGACAGUACCGCCAGACAGUGUGUCACAGAAUGCCCCACAACUACCUCACCUCCUACCACCGAGACUCCGGAACUCUGCUCGCUGGAGCCUGACAUUGGACCAUGUAGGGGAAGCAUGCGGAGGUACCAUUUCAGUGCAACUAGCCGUCGCUGUGAGGUUUUCAUCUAUGGCGGAUGUGGAGGCAAUGACAAUAACUUCGAGACUCUCGAAAUCUGUCAACAAACCUGCGGAACAUCUCAAGUGAGUGGCACUCCCACGACAGAAAACUCUCUACCAACGGGAACCACUGCCUCUCAUCCAACAAGACCAACAGGAGGCACUGGCUCUCAUCCAACCAGACCAACUGGCUCUCAACCAACAAAACCAACAACUGGAGGCACUAGUUCUCGCCCAACGAGACCAACGGGACCAACAAGACCAACGAGCUCCCAACCAAGUAAACCAACAACUGGAGGAACUGGCUCUAAACCAACCAAACCAACUGGACUAACUGGAGAGACACCUACCAUGCCGACCAGACCGGGCACUGACUCUCAACUAACCAGACCAACUGGCACUCGUCCAACUAGACCAACAGGAGGCACUGGCUCUCGACCAACCAGACCAACAGGAGGCACUGGCUCUCGACCAACCAGACCAACAGGAGGUACUAGUUCUCGUCCAACAGGACCAACAAGACCGACAGGAGGCACCGCUUCUCAACCAACAAGGCCAACUUCAGAAAGGCCCACCACUGGUGGUGUGGUACCAACUAAACCCUCCAGCACUGGAUCAACUCCAACAAAGCCAACAGCCGGUGUAACAGUUCCUCCUGGCUCUAAACCCACUGGUGGUGGGGCUGGCUCUAAACUCACUGGUGGUGGUGCUGGCUCUAAACCCACUGGUGGUGGUGCUGGCUCUAAACUCACUGGUGGUGGUGCUGGCUCUAAACCCACUGGUGGUGGUGCUGGCUCUACUCCACCUGGGAACCGACCAACAGAAAGUGAGACUACGCCCACCGCAAAUGCAAUUUGCACUCUCCGAAGGGACAGGGGGAGCCCCUGUGCAAAUGGACCAAUCGACGGAUCAAUGAGAAGGUUCUACUACAACUCUCGUAGGAACACGUGCAAGGCGUUCAGCUUCAGAGGCUGCGGUGGAAAUGCCAACCGAUUUGAAUCCCGCCAGGAGUGCAAGAAUACUUGCAUGUAAUCGAGACUCAAUGAACUAUUACAAAACUAUACAAAACUAAUAAUGCCCAAACACUUAGGGAUAGACUAUAGUUUGUGAUGUUGAUUAGCAGUUUGAUGUGUUUCAUGUGAUGCAGCGCAUUAUCCGAUGGUCAGAAGAAGACACUCGGCAUUGCCCCUAGAAUUCCUCACACAUGCAAAGUUGAAAGGGCAAGGGUCGGGGCUGCAAACAUCGCCAGGGCUGUUGUCCACAAACGAACAUCUCGGCUCGUCUGUUUCAUAAUCGUAUUGACACUCAGUGCCUGGGACCGUGCAUCUGAAGUUACGGCAGGCGAAAUUACCGCAGUAUGGCUCUCGCGUUGUUGCAUUUAUCCUACACACCAGUGGACGCCCGCAGAGAAUAUCGGAACAUAUGGGGGCGCAUUCUGCGACUGAUCUCUCGUUCACCUCACAUCUAGUCCACGGAGCACACUGAACGUUGUUACAUGCGUCGGGUAGAGAAAUUAUAACUUCUUCGCAAAUAACUAAGUCAGUGAGAGGGUCGUGGUUGCAUCUUGAGUUGGGGGCGCAGGAGAUGAUGGUACAUAAGUCGACACCACAGAACGGCUCCUGAGUGGCUUGUUUCACUCUGCAGAUGUCUCCUCCACUACAACUGAUUCCGUCACAAGGGUCGGGCGGUGCAACACAUCUAGCAGAGUCGGUCGUAGGGUCAUAGACGCAGAGUGUGUUAACGAAGCAGGUGGUGAAGGCACACGGAGUGAUGCCACAGAAUGGUAGCCCGGUGGCGACGUUAACUCUGCAGAUGUCUCCUCCAGUGCAGCUGAAAUCAGCGCAGGGGUCGGUAGGAUUCACGCACACCGCUAUGUCCAGGUCAGGGUUGUACCGGCACUCUGUUCCCUCACGGCAGGUGGUGAAGGUACAUGGGUCCAACCCACAGUAGGCUCUGCGUGUGUCUGGCCUAACCCUACACAUCAGUUGACCACAGUUACGAUCACUGCAGGGAUCUUCUGGUACACACUCCACACUGCCAUCCUCGUUGGCCUGGCAGACAAACCCAGCAGCACAUUGUAGAAGAAAGCAGCGUAUAUCAGGAAGGUCAAGGACACACCGGGCCUCUCCGGAGCUGGCAUCGACUUGACAUGUGGUACCCUCGGCACAGUCCAUAGUGGCACAGGGAUUGACGGCUACACAUUCUGCAGCGUCCAGCUUCAUGUUGAAGCGACAUUGGGUCCCUGCCUCGCACGUUGUGUACGUACAAGGGUCGAGGCCGCAGUACCCAGCAUUGGUAUCGAGGUUGACUCUGCACAUGAGCGAGCCACAGAUGAUGUCUUCGCAAGGACUCACGCACUCUGGCUCUCUGUCUUCGUCCACUCUACAGGUGGUACCCUCGGAACAGAGUACGGUGGCACAAGGAUCUCCCAUACACUGAGGACCAUCAGUCUCGGGAUUGUACUGACAGUUGAAACACCUCACGAGAGUGCAAGGGGUCGAUACCGCAGUACCCUCUGCCAGAGACCUGGUCGAUUCGACAUAGCUGUGAGCCACAAUCGAUGCGCGAACAGGGGUUUUCGGGGAAACACUCGACCGUGGUUUUAAUGCCUUUCUUGGGCUGACAUACGGUGCCCUUUGGACAGUCAAAGAUCAUACAGCGCAGGUCGGGGGGUGAACACACCCCUUCCCCGGUGUCUUCAUUCAGUUUGCAGACCUGGCCUGUCGGGCAGUCCUGUAGGAGACAGGGAGCUGUUGGUACGCACUCUCCUUCGUCUGUCUUCUCGUUGUAGCUGCACUCAUAGUUUUUACUACAGUUCAUGUUGAUGCAGGGAUCGACUCCACAGUAGCCUCUCUGAGCGCUGGGGCGAACACGGCAUAUCUCUGGUUUGCGGCAUUCGAUUGUGGCGCAGGGGUGUGGGACUGGACGCAGACAGGGGAACCUGUUGGGUCCACUUCACAGACGGUUCCCACUGCACAGAGAGUGGCGAUGCAGGGAUUAGCGAGUCUGCAGACUGCAGCACCUAGUUCAUUCACCACACACGUGGUUCCUGGUGGACAAAGUCG